AGGUUCUAUGCAUUCCGUGCCCUUUAUAUUUCUCCCGUCUCCCGCCCACCGCCCCAACUUUUCAUCCAUCCGCAACAUACUCGUACCACUGUCGCUCCUGCUCUGCCCAAUCUUCCUGUCACCAUGAAGUUCUCUGCUUUGCUCCUUGCCACUCUUUUCACCGCCGCUCCGGCUCUCGGUGCUAGCAGCGUCGCCACCGACGCCAGCUCCACCACCACUUCCCUGUCCCCAACCGCUUCUUGCCUCGCCAAGUGCUCCGUUGGAGACGUCAACUGCCAGGCCAAUUGUGUCGGCACUGCCCACCCCGACGAGUCUCAGGUCAACCGCACCACCGAAUGCGCGGCCAAGUGCGACCAGGGUGACGGCUCUCCGUCUGCUGCUGAAGCCUACGGCAACUGCCAGCAAGCCUGCAUCUCGUCCUAUUUCCCCAUCGGCAGCUCGAUUCCUACCACUCAAGCUGCGGGCGCCAACUCCGUUGCCUCUGCCUCUGCCACCGCUACCGGCUCCUCGAGCGCUAGCCGCAGCGGUUCUUCUGGCUCGGCUACUGCUUCUCGUACUGGCUCUUCAUCUGAAUCAGGCUCGGCGUCUAGCUCUGCAUCUGGCUCUGCUGCCGCUGCGUCUUCCUCUGAAGGUGCUGCCGGAAACAUUCAAAUGGGUGCUUCUAUGGCAGGUGUUGCUGGUCUUUUCAUCGCUGCCUUUGCUCUGUAGGCACAUGAGGAUAUUUGGGGGACGAUAUCAAUGGAAGGAUAUGAGAAAAUGUCAAACGAAAUUGGGGAAGCCGAGAGGGGUUUGUUUUGAUACCAUGUUUAUACUUUGCGCGAUUCGUCUUGGUGCGGUAUAACCAUGCCGUAGUUAUAAUGGCUAAUACGAAUAUCCUCGAUCUUU